AUAAUGAUUAACAGGAAGACAGUUUAAAGAGGUCCGUGUUUCUCUUUGGUGUUUUCAAAUGUUCACAAUGAUAACUGCCAGGCAGCUCCUGCUGAGCCUCAGCACCCUGUGUCUAACUCUGACACUUUUUGAUGGAGGAUUGGCAGAAGUGCUUCCUGAACCUCCUGCUGUGAACUGCAAGUGGAGCCUGUGGUCAGAAUGGAGUUCUUGUGAUCCUUGCACUAAAACCAGAAGGCGUUCACGAGACAUAGAGGUGUUUGGCCAGUUUGGUGGGGACCCCUGCAUGGGAUCAAUAGGUGACAGAGAAUUCUGCCAAACCUCAGACCUAUGCGAGCAGCCAACUUCUCUUUGCAGUGUCUCUCAGUUUCAGUGCACUACAGAGCUGAAUACAUGCCUCAGUAAAAGAUUGGAAUGCAAUGGAGACUAUGACUGUGAAGAUGGGUCAGAUGAGAAUGACUGCAGUUACGUAUUACGUAAACCCUGUGGAAAUUCUGACUUUGAAACUAACGAGCAAGCCAGGACAGCAGGAUAUGGGGUCAACAUCUUGGGUGCAGAUCCUAGAAUGAACCCCUUCAAUAAUGAUUUCUUUAAUGGGAGAUGUGAUAGAGCGAGGAACCCAAGCACGAGGAAGUACGACCGUCUUCCCUGGAAUGUGAAUGUCCUCAGUUAUGAGACUCUUGCGGAGGAAACCGUUUCCAGAGAAAUAUAUAAGGAUACAUACUCGAUAGUGAAAGAAAUGCUGAAAGAGAUGACCUUUAAAGUUGAUGCUGGGCUUUCGUUCAAAUUUACCCCGACUGAAUCCUCCUUGGCCAAUACCACUGUCACUGGUGAGGCUGGGGCUGAAUUCUCCAAGAAAAAUGUUAUUAAGGAUGUCACAGAGUACUCUACCAUCAAGAACAAGAGCUUUAUGAGGGUGAAAGGUAGAGUACAGCUGAGCACCUACAGGAUGCGUUCACGUGAGCCCAUGGUUGCUGAGGAGUUCCUAAUCCAUGUUAGAUCACUACCCGUGGUCUAUGAAAAGGGUAUUUACUUUGCCUUCCUGGAAGACUAUGGAACGCACUACACCAGAACUGGGAAGUCUGGCGGUGAAUACGAAUUGAUCUACGUACUAAACCAGGACACCAUCAAAGCAAAAAAUAUAACAGCAAGAAGCCUCCAAAAAUGUGUUAAGGUUGGGGUUUCUGGAGACUUUGCUCUUCCAUCUGGAGGAGAUGUAAAAGGACAUGUUCGGCCCGAGAACUGUGAAACUACACCAAAAACAGACACAGCUAGUUACGAAGGAGAGGCAUUGGUGGAUAAGGUGAUGACUUCAGUCAAAGGAGGAACUCUUGAAACUGCUGUUACUAUGAGGGCUCAACUGAAUAAGGAGGGAGUCAUGAAUCUAGAUACGUACAGAAGCUGGGCCAGGUCCAUUGCAGAUUCUCCUGCGCUGAUUAACAGUGAGCCAGAGCCUAUCUACAUGUUAAUUCCAGUGGACACACCAGACGCAAACAGCCGGAUCACAAACCUUAAGAGGGCUAUAGAAGACUAUGUUGCUGAGUACAACAUAUGCAAGUGCAAGCCAUGCAAAAAUGGGGGAACUCUUGCUUUAAUAGAUGGAAAGUGCAUUUGUAUGUGUUCUGGAGAGUUUGAAGGUCUUGCGUGCCAGAACUUCAAGGCAGAUAAGGCUCAACACCAAGGUUCAAGGCCUGUUGUUCAUCAGGAGGGUAACUGGGCCUGCUGGUCGCCCUGGUCCUCAUGCAGAGGCGGGAGACGCAGCAGGACACGCAACUGCAAAACUGACGGACUCGGUGCAUCUGUUACAUGCAGAGGAGAGGCUACGAGUGACGAAUACUGCUGAAAAAGCAUGACUUCUGUCCCGCUGUAAUUGUCUGUUCAAGACCUAUGUAAACAAAUAAAAUAAUCUCAGCGUAAAUUCAAACCAUAAAAGUACCUUGGUGGGUUUGUUUGGUUUGGACCAAAGGCAGACCUUA